GGGCGGCAGUGCGCAGGCGCUGGGCGGGCGGCGAGGCGCGUGGGCGGCGCGUGCGCAGCGGCGGGCGCUCAGUCCGCGCGCGCUCUCGCCAUGGCUCGCUGGCUGACCGGCUUGCUGGCGCUGCUGCUCGUCAGCGCCGCGACCACGCGCAAGUCGCCCCACAAGCCCGAGCCGCAGAUCGAGGAGGUCACCGCCAAACAGCUCGAGCGAGUUCUACAAGACAAGGACUUCGUCGCGGUGUACUGGUAUGCCAGAAGCUGCGUCACAUGUGACAAGGUACUCGAGGAGCUGGAGAAGAUAGACGAUGACACCGACACGUUUGGCGUCGAUUUCGUCAAGAUCAACGAUAAGAGGCUCGCCAAGCAGUAUGGCAUCACGAAAUUCCCCGCCCUCACGUACUUCCGUGAGAAGGAACCGAUUAUUUACGACGGAGAUCUCAUGGACGAAGAAAGUGUCCUGGAUUUCUUGACGAGUUUAGAAGCUAUGGACCUUCCUGAUCGGAUAGAGGAAGUCAACCAGAAGAUCCUUUCUAAAAUCAUCGAGGACACCAACUACGUCGCCGUUCUCUUCUGUCCUGAUCACAAAAGUUGCGGCCCUUCAAACAACAAGCCAGAAUGCAAGAAGUGCGCAAAGGCUCUUCAAGAAUUGGAAAACAUUGAUGACGAGGCUGACCAGCUUGGGAUUGGUUUUGUUAAGAUCCACGACGAGGAACUGGCCGAGGAGUAUAGUCUUGGAGAUUUGCCAAGACUGGUGUACUACAGGCACCAGAUACCUAUUAUCUAUGAAAGCGAGCUGAGCAGGGAGGAAGACGUGCUGGAGUGGCUGAUUGCCAACAAGUCCACUGGCGACGAGGAAGAUGUCAUCGAGGACGUUACCGCCAAGACCUUGAACACCCUCAUAGGGAAUGUCGAUAACCUUGUAGUCUUGUUCUAUGACAACGGCGAUGAUGAUUCUAUGACCGUGCUGGCUGAACUCGAGAAGAUAGACGAUGACUGCGAUCGCCACGGCAUCCAAUUCGUCAAGAUUGAUGACGAAAAAGCGGCUGAAUCUUUCGGCAUCGACAGCGUACCAGCCAUCGUCUACUUCGAGAAACAGAUCCCUAAUGUUUAUGAUGGUGAUCUUGAAAACGAGGAGGAGAUCUUAGAGUGGCUUGUAGCGCAAUUGGAGAAAGAUGAAAUUGAAGACGUCACUGAUGAAAUGUUGGACCGUCUGAUCAAGGAUGGAAAAACUGUCGCUGUGCUGUUUUAUGAUAAUAACGAUCGUAAAUCACAAAAAGUGCUAAACGAACUGGAGAAUAUUGAUGAUGAGUGCGAUCAAUUAGGCAUUGCGUUUGUAAAGAUCGAUAAUGAUGAAGAAGCUAAAGAAUAUGGAAUCGAGAAAGUUCCAACAUUAUUGUACUUUGAAAAGGGAAUUCCUACUUUUUAUGAAGGAAAUCUAGAAGAAGAAGAAAAAGUACUGGCAUGGCUCAGAUACCAAGCAGAGAGUGAUGAAAUUGAAGAUAUCACCGAUGAAAUGCUGGAUCUCAUCAUUGAAAAAAUGCCAUAUGUCGCCGUACUGUUCUACGACAAAGACCAGAAAAAGAGUCAGAAAAUUUUGGCAGAACUGGAAAAUAUUGAUGAUGAAUGUGAUCAAAAUGAUAUAGCUUUUGUCAAAAUUGAUGACGAUAAAGAAGCUAAAGAAUAUGGCAUCGAAGCGAUCCCAACAAUGGUGUUCUUCGAAAAAGGUAUUCCUCAUAUCUAUGAGGGCGACUUGAUGAAAGAAGAUGAAUUACUCGGAUGGCUACUUCACCAAAAACGUCAUAGUGAAAUUCCUGAAGUAACAGAUGAAAUGAUGGACAAACUUAUCGAAACCACACCUUACUUAGCAGUUAUUUUCUACGACAAAGAUGAUAAACAAGAUAUCAGGAUUCUUAAUGAGCUUGAAAACAUUGAUGAUGAAUUAGAGAAAGAAGGUAUCGUCAUUGUUAGGAUGGAUAAUGAAGACGAAGCAAAACAGUAUGGUAUUGAUCAUCUGCCAACACUCGUAUACUUCGAAGAAAACAUCCCGGCCAUUUAUGAAGGCGAUCUUAUGAAUGAAGACGAAGUAUUGGAAUGGCUCAUUGAACAGAAAAAUAGUGCAACGAUCGAAGAAGUUACUGAUGAAAUCUUGACUGACCUCAUUGAAGAACAUGAAUAUGUUGUAGUUUACUUCAGUGGUAAAUGUGAAGAAGGUGAAGAGUGCGACAACAUCUUAGACGAGCUUGAGAAUAUUGAUGACGAGCUUGACGAGACUGGAAUUAUCUUCGUCACCACAGAGGAUUUACAACUUGCGAAGAAAUAUGGGAUCAAGACCUUCCCAACUCUAGUUUUCUUUAGAAACAAAGAUCCUCUGGUUUACAAAGGUGAUAUUGAGGAUGAAGAUGAGGUUCUAUCGUGGUUAACAGAUGAAGAUACCUUAGAAAUCCCAGGACGAAUUGAAGAAGUUAACUCCAGAAUGUUGGAAAAAAUCUUGGAAGAAAAUGACCACGUUGUUGUCUUCUUCUAUAAAGAAGGUGAUAAAAAAUCCCAGAAAAUAUUAAGCGAAUUAGAGAAUAUUGACGACGAAUGUGAAGAGAAGGAUAUCGAUUUCGUCAAGACAUCCGAUGAUGGAAUUGAUAAAGAAUAUGAUCUUCCUGAUUUACCAGCGUUGGCUUUCUACAGACACAAAUUUCGCACAAUUUACGAUGGUGAUUUAAUGUAUGAAGAAGCUAUUCUUAAAUGGGUCUUAGAUCUUCUUGAUUCUCAGCCAGAUGUUAUAGAAAGUGUUGAUAGGAAAACGUUGAAGGAUUUAAUUGAGGAUGUUGAGCAUCUUGCCGUAUUUUUCUAUAGCGAUGAUUGUGAUACGUGCGACGAUAUUCUUGACGAGCUGGAGACAAUUGACGAUGACACAGAUAAACAUGGUAUUCAGUUUGUAAAGUCCAAGGAUUCAAAAUUGGCAUCUGACAUUGGAAUUUUCAGUUUUCCAGCAUUGGUUUAUUAUGAAACUGGAGUGCCAAUUAUGUACGACGGUGACUUAAAGAACGAAAAUAAGGUUCUCCAGUGGCUUGUAGAUCAAAAAAGCGAUCGCUGUUUCUACAUUGGAUUGGGGGCGAAACCGGCUGUCCCAAAAAUGACUUACGAACCAUACCAGUGCUGUCCCACUAAAGUCCAAAGUCCGACCAAAGUAGCCAAGGCCACGCCAACAAAAGUGACGCCCAAGAAACUAGAGAAGGAGAAAAAACGACCGGAACCAGAGAAACCAAGCAAGGGGAAAAACAAGGCGCUCAGCAAACCUGAAAAGGGGUCCAAAGGAAAAAAAGGAAACCUACUGGACGAAUCUGAAGUUUUGGACUGGAUGGUUAAACAGAAAGAAGAUGAAAGUAUUGAGGAAAUAGAUAGGGAUAAACUGUUCAAGUAUAUCGAAACAAAAGAAUUUUUGGCAGUUGUCUUCUACAAAGACGAUGAUCCAGGAAGCCCAAGAGUUCUUCGGCACGUGGAGUUAAUUGAUGACGAAGCAUCAGAAUAUGGCAUAAAGAUGGCAAAAUGUAGCGAUCGUUUAAUGGCAAAGAAGUACGGCUUUCGGAAUCCACCAGGCAUAACUUACUUCAGGAAAGGAAAGUACAUAAACUAUGACGGUGACAUUGAUGAUGAAGAGGAAAUAUUAGAUUGGUUAACUGAUCCGGAAAACAUGGAGUUGACAGAUCACAUCGAAAAAGUUAACAAGAAAAUGUUUCAGAAAAUAAGGCAAACAUCAGACUACGUCGCUGUGUUCUUUUACAGUAAUGACUGCAAACAGUGCCCUAGAGUGCUAGUCGAGAUUGAGCACAUAGACGAUGAUGCAGACGGCGCAGGAAUCAAUUUCGUCAAGAUUGAUGACAAACAGAUGGCCAAGGAUUAUGGUGUCUUUGCUCUGCCAGCGGUUUUAUUCUUCAAACUGGGGUCUAAAGAUCCUGUUAUUUAUGCUGGCGACUUGUACGAUGAACAUCAAUUACUAAGUUGGUUGCUUACUCAAAAAAAUCCUUCAGGUGACGUUAUAGAGGCUCUAGAAGGUCAGGACUUAUUGAAUUUGAUUGAUGAAUCGGACUCUCUAGCAGUUUAUUUUUGGAACAAAACGUUAUGUGAAAUUUGUAAUUCAAAAGCCAUGAGAAAGGCGUCGAAAAAGAAAGAAAAAGGACCUGAGGAUGAAGAGGUGCAGGAACAAGAGGAUGUGGAUAUUUCAGAUGGACCUGAUUGUGAACAGUGCGCUGGCAUCUUAGAAGAACUUGAAAAUAUUGACGAUGACUGUGACAGACAUGGCAUAAAAUUCGUUAAGACGCAAGACUAUUCGAUAGCUGAAUCUUUUGGAGUGACCGACUUUCCAGUGCUUGUCUACUUUGAAGACAAUGUGCCUAACGUUUACGAAGGAUCUCUUGCAGAAGAGGAAGAAGUACUACAAUGGCUCAUUACUCAAAAAACUGAAGAUCGAAUUGAACUUAUUACUCGAGUAAUGUUAGAGAAAAUGGUGGAAGAGACCCAAUAUUUGGCGGUGUAUUUCUAUAAACUUAACUGCCACAUUUGUGAUCAUAUACUGGAAGGAUUAGAAGGAAUUGAUGAUGAAUGCGAUGUUUACGGAAUCCAUAUGGUGAAGAUCCAAGAUCCACAACUGGCUAAACGAUAUUCCAUCAAAACAUUCCCAGCUAUGGUAUAUUUCAGAAAUGGUAACCCACUUCUAUUUGAAGGAGAUUUGCAAAAUGAAGAAUCUAUCCUUGAAUGGUUAAUCGAUGAUGAUAAUCGUGAAUUAGCAGAUGAAAUCGAAUCUGUCAAUGAGAGAAUGUUAGAAAGGCUGCUUUUGGAAUCACAUUUGCUUGUUGUUUUCUUUUAUGAUGAUGAUGAUUGUCCAGAAUGUGAGGAAAUCUUAGAAGAAUUGGAACAAAUUGAUGGUGAAGUAGAUCAAUUUGGAAUUGACUUUGUUAAAAUAGCGAGCCCAGAGGCAGCUGCAAAGUACAACGUAAUCAAUAUACCUUCACUCGUUUAUUUCCGCAAACAAGUACCCAUGCUUUAUGAUGGAGACUUGCAUCAAGUUGACCGAAUCCUGCAAUGGCUGACUUCUCAAGAUGUUUUUGAAAUCAAAAAUGAAAUUGAGGAAGUCAACCGUAAAAUGUUGGAUAAAUUACUGGAAGAAAAUGAAUUCUUAGCUGUCUACUUCUAUGAAAAAUCAGUUGAGAGUAGAUUAGUAUUAGACAAAUUGGAAAAUAUAGAUAGUGAAACGGACAAUCUUGAUAUUACGUUUGUGAAAAUGCAAGAUCCUCGAUACGCACGAAAAUGGGGUGUCACAAAAUUGCCAGCCAUUGUUUACUUCAGAAAGAGAUUCCCGAGCAUAUACAGAGGUGAUAUACUGUCGGAGGAGGAAGUUUUGGAAUGGCUUCGGAAAAAUAGAUUCCGUCAGCCAGAACUAAACAUCUUCAUGUAUGCUUUGAUAGCUCUGUCAAUAGCAUUCAUUAUGUAUACAGCCUUCUUGCUACAAUGUUUUAAGCCAUCACCGCCUGCACAAACGCCACAUCCGAAGCAAGCGUGAGAAAUCUCCCACGCAUUUUAAGAAUUUAGUUCUUCUAUCAUGACUUUCGGCCGUGUGAGGCCUGGAUCGAUUCGAUUUAGACGAGACCAUCGUUUAGAAUGGUUGAUACAAUAUCUAGAUCAAUACAUAAUACGUUCUUGGGAUCAAACUUGAGUAGAGAUUUUAGAAUACAAACGCCUAAAAUUAAUACAGAAAUGUUAACACUGGAACGUUUCAUAUUUCACUUGUUGAAUUUUAUCUUUUUUUUCUAUAAAUAAGUUUAUGCCUCUUUUACAACUUUGGUGAGUUAAGAUUUUUUCUAAAUGUUUUUACUAAUAAUGACAGUACUCUUGUAAGUUUUCUUUAUCUAUGGCAUUUUAAAUUAUUGUUAUCUUCGUUAAGACUGUACUAUCUCGUCGGUAGCAAUCUGUAUGGAUCUAUAGUGUGCGUUGUAUCGUUUUCCAGUGUACCCUUAUUAUAUCGAUUUUAAAAGCACCGAUUAUAUCUUCUCGAUAAUGUUAAUGAUAUCUUUAGCCUUUUAGAUUACGUUGAGCCUUUGUUAAGUUUGUUUGAAUUUCAAGAGCUCAAAAGCAAAGUCAUUUAGUCAUAAAAGUAAGUUAAGGUUAUUCUACAUUUUUGUAUGUAGUGUUUUAAUAAGAUGUUAACCGGUUGUGCCAUUAGUUCGUGUAUUUUCUACUACAAUUGAUUAUUUUCCAUCUCUGACUUUUAGAUAUGCAUAUGUAUAAGAUAUAUGUGUACCACGUUUGUUAUUUGUAUUCGUAAUGUCUUCCUUAAAAAUUCCUCGUGUGCCUUUUAAAUAUUACUUUCUAGGAUAAAAGCUUAGCUUCAGAUCGAAUCAUGAAUUCGAGCUCGAUUCUGAAUUUGGAGCAUGAUAUCUUUAAAAGUAUUAUAUGCUAGUAACGUUUGUAACAACUCUUCGCGUUUCUCAAUUCCCUUCUACGAGGACAUGGUUUAAUAUUUUCUACUCUAGGUAUAUUGUGACUUUGCUUGCGAGCUCAUCAGUGUCUGUCUGAAGGGCGGGGACAGGACCGAACUAGCGCCCGCAUGUUAUUGCGAUGCUUAUUUAUAUCCCAGACGGAACACCCAACUGCAAUGUGGGUUAAUUGCGUUCAAAGUUCAGUUGCUUCAUUUCCAUAGUUUUCUUGCUCCUCGUCUAAUCACGUACGAGCUUCUCCUAUGAGUUUCAUCUUAGCAUUAUUUGAAGGGUAAGUGAAGUUUACAAAUGUAGAUUCUAGAAUUUUUGCGUCAACCAACAAAUUUUACAAAGUCUGCUUGACAUUGCUUGCAUCCAAAUAGUAUGGUAGCUUCCAUUAGGCUUGAUAUAAGUGUAUCUCAACAACUAAAGAAUUAUAUCUUCAUAGAUACAUAGGUAUUGCCAAAAUGACAAUACCUACCUAUUAGAUUUACUUUUUUAAUAUAGAAUUUUACAAUUAGUCUAUAAGCUUGAAAGUAUCGCAAUAACAUGCCCGAAUACUCUGUAUCAUUCCCGCUCUAAUUAGUGUACUUAUUAUUGUGUAUAAUUAUAAUGAUACCUUCAUUGAUGAAACGUAAGGAACGCGACAGAAGGAAAUGCUCAAGGAAUUGUGCGAACAAGCGCAUACGUGGACACUAACUUGUAUAUAAAAUGUAAAUAAAAUAAAUUUAAUAAAAAUAGUAAAAGUUUUAAAUGUGCAUUUAUUUUGUGUGUUGAAGUCCUUGCUCUAACACUAAACAGGAAAAGAAAUGUCUUAUGCAAUACACAAAUUUAAGAAACUUUAAAAAAUAUUCGUAGUUAAGUGGAAGAAGUAGGUAAAUUAUCAUAUAUAUACAAUAUGUCGAUAAUCUUGACAGAAGCUAAAGAUAUAAUUAAUACAAGAAAAUGUACUUAAAAUCUGAAAGAUGAUAAGAGAUAUAAUAUUGCAUUCAAUUUGAAACAAUUCAGACAAACUAAAAAACAAGACGGAAUACAAUUCUCCAUUGUUUAUUUUAACUUAAAAAAAAACUUUCAUGAUUUAGAAGAAUUUAUGGAGGUUUUUUGGACCUUGACUCCAAAUUUAUUGUACUUUAUUAACUU